AGGCGAGGUUGAACUGCUCACGGGCAGAGGAAACCCUAUCACCAUGUCGCUGCGCCGUAAUAUGAAGAAUAGUAUGCGCAAGUACUCUCCGGCCGAGUGUGAUGUGCGAGAGGCCACGAGCAACGAUGAUAUGGCUCCAUCGCCGGCGCUGCUGGCCCAAUGCGGGGCUUGGGCCAAGGAUCUCACGCGACUUCCGGGGAUGAUGGCCAUCAUUUGGAAGCGGCUUGAUGACAGUGGCAAGCUUUGGCGCCACCCGUACAAGUGCUUGAUUCUUCUGGAAUACCUCCUGAAGCAGGACAACUUUGCCGUGGCCGAUGAACUCCGCCACAACGUCUUUGCCAUUCAGAGCCUAAUCGGUUGGUGGCCACCUGCAGCUCAACUCGAGGCUUGCCUACUUGCUCGUCUGCAGUUGUGCAGACGCAGGACUGGGCAUUGGACCUUGCUGGGCCUGCUGUUCAUGCUCACUCUGCUCCACGCCCCUCCGCCAGAGUUCCAGUUUGUAGAUAAGAAUGGCAUGGAUCAAGGCCUCAAUGUCCGAGAGCGUGCCAAGAGCGUCUUGCAGCUGAUGGAGGACCUGGAGACUCGGAAUGGUGCCUUUGUUUCCAUGCCAGGCUCGGCGGGGGGACGUCACAUGAGCCAUUCAUCGGAUGCGCGAGGCCGGCCCCCUCCGCCACAUAUGCAGCCCCCCUCCCCACCGAGAGAUGAGUGUGCGACGCCGCCUCCUGGGGAGGACAGCUUGCCCCCGCCAUUGUCCAUUUACAAUUUUGGCGACGCCUUUCCUUCCGAUCAAUAUGGCGAUUCGGAGGAUGGCAGCGUUGCCAUCAAUCCGCGCUUCUCUGAUCCCCGAACACCCCCACCAGGCCAGGCUUGGGGUGGUGCCUCGAAUGGAACUGGGCUUGCACCAGGCAGCCUGGCCUAUUCGGCUCGCCCUCGCGCUGCCACGGCCACGGAGCGUCCCACCCUCCCCCAGCGCCGCUCCUCCUCGACCGCCGGUUCGUCGGCAGCGGCGAGUGCAAACGGUAUUCGCACGGCUUCCCGGGACCCGGUUAUUGCAGCCCAGCGCCAACAACACGUGCUGCAACAGCAACAAAUGGCACGGGACCAGGGGAAUCCGCAGUCCGAGGAGGCCAUGUUGCGCUUGGCCAUGGAGCUGAGCUCCCAGGAGGCGCUGCGGGAUCGGGAGCUUCGCCAGCGAGAGGAAGACGAGUUGAAGGAGGCGCUGCGAAUUAGUGAAAUGCAGCUGAGCGAGCAACCGGUGAUGCAGCACAAACAGGCAGAGCACGCCGGCCAAGCGUGCGGCGCCAAGAGAAGCAACAGCCUCCAUGUCUCCACAGGCCAGUGUGGCCUCUGGGCAAGCGGCGUGUGCCAAUUGCAGUUGCGCAGGACAGGGGUCAAGCCCGACGAGUUGCAAGCCGGCUGGGCGAAGCGCCUGAAGCUCCGCCAGUCGCUGCCCAUUCCCUGUCCCAACAUCCACCACCACCAACGAGUCCAACCCGCUUGA